GACUACAGUAGCCAGCAUUCUUGAUCAGGGGCCAUGCUGCCUGAGGCUGAUGGGAGCUGAAAUCUAAAAUAUUUGGAAGGCACCAUGAUGUGGAAGGCUGUCUUAAAGCAACAACACACCAAAGAUGCUGACGAGAAAGAUAAAGCUUUGGGAUAUCAAUGCCCAUAUAACCUGCCGUCUUUGUAAUGGUUAUCUUAUUGAUGCUACCACUGUAACAGAAUGCUUGCAUACCUUCUGCAGGAGUUGCUUGGUAAAAUAUCUGGAGGAAAAUAAUACCUGUCCCACAUGCAGGAUAGUUAUACACCAGAGCCAUCCACUACAAUAUAUUGGUCAUGACAGAACGAUGCAAGAUAUUGUUUACAAACUUGUUCCAGGUCUUCAAGAAGCGGAAAUGAGAAAGCAGAGGGAAUUCUACCACAAAUUGGGCAUGGAAGUACCAGGUGACAUCAAAGGGGAGACGUGCUCAGCCAAGCAACAUUUAGAUUCCCACCGUAAUGGGGAAACAAAAGCAGACGAGAGUACAAACAAAGAAACAUCAGAAGAGAAACAGGAGGAAGAUAAUGAUUAUCACAGAAGUGAUGAACAGGUAAGCAUCUGCUUGGAAUGCAACAGCAGCAAAUUACGUGGCUUGAAGAGGAAAUGGAUUCGCUGCUCAGCACAAGCUACAGUCUUACAUCUAAAGAAGUUCAUUGCCAAAAAACUUAAUCUUUCUUCGUUUAAUGAGCUGGAUAUAUUAUGCAAUGAAGAAAUUCUGGGCAAGGACCAUACUCUCAAAUUUGUAGUUGUUACAAGAUGGAGAUUUAAGAAAGCACCUCUACUGCUACAUUACAGACCCAAAAUGGACUUGCUGUAAGAACUAUUUUGUCCUUCUGGACGUUUUUUUGCAGAGACUAUCAAUUGGGCACCUUCUUAGUGCAUCACGCAAUUCACCCGUGACACAGACCAGCAGAAUCCAUUCUCGAAAACAGUAGUGCUCUCCCAUUCAACCAUCUUGAAUAUUUCUCCAAGGGAUGCAUUAGCCUGGUUUUCUGGACAGAAGAAUAUUUAUACUUUUUUCUACAAAAAAAAAAAAAAAAGGAAAUUGCAGCUUGAGAGGACACUACCAGCACGACGUUUACAGACAUUGAAAACACUUCACAGUUCCUUGUGUGUAGCUCAGUUCUUGGUCAUCAUCCUGCAAAGAUGCCAAAUGGGUUUAAAAUGUUGUGAAGGAGAUAAUUUAGGAUUUGUUUUCACCAAACAACUUUUUGGGUUGCUUCACAACUUUAAUGUGGCAUAUAUAUAUAUAUAUAUAUUUGCAAGGUUUUCUGUCUCUUAUACCUCAUGGCCAUCUUGUCUGUUGGUAAGCCCUUCGCAGAAUAUUUAACACUGACAAAGAUCUAAUGGCUGGCAGUGAUUUUGCUGCAUGACGCUGUUCUGGAUUAUGAUCCUUUGUUCCUCUGCUGGCUCAUUUGAUGAGGUUAUUGGAAGAGUUUCAGUUGCUUCCAUAUUGGUGCAGUUUUAUCAGAUCGCAUCAAAGUGCAGAGUGUUUAAAAAGGCCCUUUUUUCUAUGGUGUUCAUGGCUUACGGAGCUGGCGCUGAUAUUGAACUGGGGGAUUUGCCUUUCCAUAAAUGAAAUAAGCCGUUAGCAGCCUUAAGUACUUGAACUCCAGUAUUGUUCCUUUGAACAACACACUAUGCUAAUGCUGCAGCAUACUCUCUGUGACAUGCAUUAGUACAUUCACCUUCCUGCUGGUUUCUGGCUUCCUUAAUAAGACCAUUGUGUUUGCCUAAUUCUCUACUGAACUAUCUUUAUAGGGUCAGAUUUAGUUGGCAAUGUGGUACUUUCUGGCCUUAAAUCUAUAAAUCUUUAUUUAUUUAUUUUUAAAAUCCAUCCCCCUAGGAAUGCAUUACCCCCUCUAAACUAUGUAAGUGCACUCCCAUCUUUCACUCAAGGAUUGAACAGCUUAAAAAGGCCCAUGCUGCUGAACUUUAAGCAUCUUGAGAUUUUUUUUUGAGGGGGGAGUUUGUGUUCAGAGGUGACUUCUGCAGGUUUGCACCACACAGAGAGUGUGUGCACAUGGACUUCAUGUUGUUCUUCAUUGGUAAAGGACACGUAAGGCUCUUCCAUCUGGGGCCAUGUUGUUAAUUCUCAGUGGUCCACCAUGGACUGCCCCAGUGCAUGUAUCCCUACAUACAGGCAUGUUUUCUUGUGUCUCUCUUUUACAAGCAAAUGCAUAAACAGAGGCAUGUGUAUUCUUUGCGUGUCCACAAAUCUGCCUUUCCCCCAUCAGGCACCAGAACAAGGAGGAGAUUGCUACUGGGAAUGGUAUGAUAGUUAUAGUUUGCUGUUCUGCAGCAAGCUGCCUUCAGCUAGGUGUUACCUGUCUCUAGUGCUUAUGACCCUGCUGCUGAUGGACAUAGCUGGGAUUUGGGCCUGGUGAGGACAAGAGUAGGGCCAAACGGUUAUGUGGAGCCUGGGUUUCAGAGAGACCAGCAGGAAGGAGGGGGCCCUGUGGAUUCUGCAUCGUUGGAAGAAGAUCUUUUCCACUUUAGGGGCUUACGUCUGAUUAGAAAGUCGGUACUUAAUCCAUACCAAUUUACUGCUUGACAGUAAUGGGCAAGUGUGAAUGGUUUUCCAUUGUGGAGCAAGCCCAAGCAGGGUGCAACAAGAAGGCAUGUGAUUGGGGUGUGACAACGCCAUGAACGGACCCUAAUUCAAUGCAGGUGUGAGGCAUGAAAUACAAGCAAAUAAAUAAAUGUGUGUGUGAGGCAGGAACCUUUUGUUUUGUCUUGUUGGAUGAUUCUGAGAUCAAUUGUCCCUGUUUCUAAGUUUCAGCUGUUAAGCCUUGUUUUUUCUAAUGAAUGAUAUUCAUGCCACUAGGCACCCUCCAUAUCUUCAGUUAGGAGUAGGUAAACCGUCUCCUUUCCUAGUCCCAGUUGUUCCAUUUGUAUCAGCUAGAAUAAGAAUUUAUGAUCAUGAUUUCCUCGGAUGAUGUCUUCCUUCGUGCCACCUCCUCUGGCUCCUCCUGUCAGCUGGUAGAGAGAUGUUGGGAGCCCAUCUCUCCAUGGUGAGUUACGUGGCCUUCCUUCUCUCUAAUCCUGUAAUGGUCAAUAUAAAUAGGUGGAAGUCAAAGGAGCCAAAUGGAAGAACAAAGAGGACAUGGGAGCAAGCAGGAAGUGUUGGGACGAAUAUGCAAGGUUUGGCUUAGCAGUAGAUGGGGGUGGGAAAGACGUUGGGCACUCUUCCAGUGGGAAGGCCUCCUAUGCACGCCCUGUUGAAAGAAACGGGAGAUGCAAAGAGUACAUUAGACAUUUAAGGGCAUUUAUCCACUUUCAUGUGACAGGUCCGUUGGAAUUAAUGGGAGCGCGUUGGUUUCCUAGCAUCCUAGUGCUCCUUCCAUUUCUUUCAACGGCCGUGUGUGCAAGAGAAUUUUUCCUUGGAUAAGUGCCCUUAAAACUUUAACUUCUAGCUCUUAGUAAGGUUUCCCUUUUUAUGAUAAGAAACUGCUUAUUUCAUCAUGUUGCUUGCCCAUCAAACAGUAUCUUCCAAGUUAAAAAAUAAAACAUUGGUUAAUGGAAGACUAUAGUUUUGAGCAACUUGGGGGACUCUUUGGGAAUGUAUCAUGCCCCCCCCCCACAAGUAGAACAGCCUUAAACUGAAAGGUUUCUUUCCCAAAUUCACAGGCCGCGUGGUGCUAUCUGAAAACAUACUGGCUAACACUGCUUAGUGAGCCUUAAACUUGGUGACCCUGUCCAGUGCCCACUUGAUUCAGUUAAACUUUUUGGGAGGGUUUAAUGACCAUAGACCGCAAUUCAGUCUACCUCAGACUAGAUACACAGCUGAAUUGUAAGACCAGCGCCAUCUUAAAAUACAGACUACAAACGUUACCCUGUGUAAUUUAAACUGAGGGAUUAAACAGUAUCAAGAUGCAAACGACAACCCCACAACUCUUGACUGCAACAGUCUACAGAAUCUGUAUUGCUAAGUUUCUAGCAAAUUUUUGAAUCACUUGAAUUUGAUACGGUGCUAUAUAAAUAUAUUUAAAUAUAUAUCUAGUCGGGUGCAUGAAACCAAAGCCAGCAGUUGACACCUACGCUGGUUUUGUUGCUCUUAAAUGCGUGUUUAUCUCUGCUUUUAUAACAGCCUGAUGAAAACAACCUUGGCAGAAAAUACUUGUUUUUUUCUUUCUUUUUCUUUUCUAAACAGCUUCUCAGAAUACUUAUUUUUGUAUGGAAACCACGUCCCUUGGGGUGUGUUUGUUUCAAAGACCUAGCUGGCUUGUUUUAUCAGAAAAACUACAACAAAUACCAACAGAGCAGAUCCUUGUGAUAGAAAUUGUCUCUCUUCUGUGAAGCUUUUAAGGGGCAGGUUGCACAAUGGUUAUGUUGGCAAAAACAUUCUGUUGAUGUCGGGCUCUAGGUCUUUAAAUCACAUUCAGCUUAAGUGGUUUGUGUGUGCUCAGACCACGUUGAGUUCAUCUUGGUCGAUUAAGCGAUAUAUAAAGUAACUGUGAAGUCGGUUUUUGCUUUUUCAUUUCUAGAUUUUUCUUCUUUUUUUUUAUGACUGCUUACCGCUGGUAAAUAAAUGCAGUAAAAUUGUCUUGUUGCAUUAUCCUCAGCAACAAAGAGAUGAGCAUAACGACACAAGUUCAUGGUCUCGCUUGGUAUAAUUUUCUUUUAAAAUAGAGAAAUCAGAAUAUAUAAUAUUGAAUUUUAAAUAAGAUUUGGGGGGUUUAAAAGUUAACUUUAUAAAAUUAUUUAUUCUAUUUUAAGCCUUCUAUCUUACUUUUUACCAUCUAAGUAUUUUUUAUUUUAUUUUUUGGUUCCGAUGGUCCAGCUUUAUUUAUGGGCAUAUAAAAUGAAAUUGUGAGAUGUUUUUUACAAGCUUCUUCCUUCUUUUUGUGAGGGCCAAAUUAGGUGUUGCACUAGUGGCUGCUACCCAAAAUGGCAGCCAUGUAUUUACUUUCCCCCACCCCCUUCGUAAUAUGUAGUAUGACUUUUCUAUGGUCUGAUAUCAUGAUAUUCUUUGCCCCCUUCUGGUGGCAAUCAAUGAUGUGGAGUAGGAAAAUGAAGAACAACUGUAAUGUGAG